AUGAGCGGCGCCUGCACGAGCUACGUGAGCGCGGAGCAGGAGGUGGUGCGCGGCUUCAGCUGCCCGCGGCCGGGGGGCGAGGCGGCCGCCGUCUUCUGCUGCGGCUUCCGCGACCACAAGUACUGCUGCGACGACCCGCACAGCUUCUUCCCCUACGAGCACAGCUACAUGUGGUGGCUCAGUAUUGGUGCUCUGGUGGGCCUGUCCAUAGCAGCGAUGGUCCUCCUGGCCUUCAUCAUCACUGCCUGUGUGCUUUGUUACCUGUUCGUCAGCUCCAAACCCCAUGCAAAGCUGGAUCCAGGCUUAAGCUUACAGGCAACAGGCUCUGAGGAGGCACACCCUGACCACCAAGAUGGGAACGCAGGCAUCGCCAUGGAGGUGACAGGAAUGCACCCCCUUGGGCAAAAUUACCCUUUCCUGAACCGACCACUGGACUGCAAUGAGGAGUAGGCUCCGGAUCCCAAGCACCUCCUACAGCACUGCUUCAUGGCCACAGUGACCGCCAGUGACAUUCCAGGAAGUCCUGAGGAGGCCCCUGUCCCCACCUCAGACUCACAUGGACCAGCGCCAUAAACAUUCAAUAAAUGUCUCCACACCGUCCUCUUUUAGAGUCUCUGUGUGGUGAAAGGUGGGGUAAGGUAUAAUCAAAAGGGCUUUGGAGCAGAGCAAGGUAAAUUAGGGCUUUUCCCAGCAAACCUGCCCAGGUCCUGCUGUGGACUCAGCUAUACUGCUCUGCCUGACUUACUGGGGACCCCAUGCAAGCAAGGCUGUCAUAGAGAGAAGCCUGGGCCCUGUGAGGGGCUCAGAGGAGGCUAACUUAGUCUGGAGGUGUCAGAGAAUUACAAUCUGGUCUCCUUGCUUCAAAGCAGGUGUGUUUCAGAGCCCCUGGGAAGAUUAUUGG